AUGCUUGGCCAACUCGUGUUCAUCUUCGAGACGGCGAUUAUGAUUCUUGCAAUCGUCCAUCAUAUCUAUCGAUUUUAUGAAUGUUUUUGGACCCAACAUCACAAUCACUUGGAGCUGAAGCCCGUCAUGGUUAUGCUGCUAAUUUCUUGCACUCUCAUCCUAGUCCUCAACAUCCUCAUCACAAACCCGGGCGUAUUUUUUGUUAAUGACAAGCUGAUGAACAAUUGGACGACCCUGGUCUACACCUUCCCUAGCCUUCCUUUUGUGUCAUUAGCCGCUGAAUGUUGCCUAAUCGUCUGCGGCAACUUUCAAGCCAACAUUUGGCAUACACUCCGUGUAUUUGCCAACGUGCAUCUUGGAAUUCCCAAAUUGCGUCUAAAGCGCCCAUACCUUUUAAUCGGGCUCCCGGGCUACGGUCUACCAAUGAUCAUCUACUGUUGGGCCGUGCACCGAGCAUAUUUGGUGGAAGAUGAUCAGAAUCGAUACCAGGGCUCAAAGUUGUUGCUACGGAUUACCAUUUUCAAUCUCUUUAUCUGUGCCCUCAUUUACACGGUGGCGCACUGUUGGGCGGCCAUUUUCCUCUACCUACGAAACACGGCGACCAGAAAAAUUUUAUAUGUGCUGUCGUCUGUAAUUAUCUACGUCGUUUGGACUGGGGCGAUAGCUGCUGUUAUGUACUACUUUGUCGGGAACUACGACUACGGCGAGCGAUAUGUAGUAAUCAGGGCGCCGAUGUUCACCCUUUUUCUUGGUGUUUAUGGGGCUAUGAACCCGAUAGUGAUGUUUAUGUAUCCGAUGAUGGCCAAGCCGGAUGUGACGUCGCUAAAGCCGAAGAAAUGGCCGGGCAGCGUA